GACGAUUGUGGGUUCGAGUCCCACCAGGCGUGUUUGAAUUGUAUUUUAAUUUUAUAUUUAAGGGCCUCACGUGACCUUUUUUUCAAUGGUCUCUGGUACAGAAUCAUUUUCUGUUUUCUUUUGUUUUUUUUUUAAAUGAAAAAUACGAGUGAGCCAGAAUUGAUUCCAGAAAGAAAAUAGGGGUGAAGAAGAUGAGUGCGGAGGAGACGCUGGUGGAGGCGGCGCUGCGGGUUCUGAACACGCCUGACCCGGCGGAGAAGGCCCGGAUCGGAGAUGACGUCGCCAACAGGUGGUCCCAAGGCCUCAUUUCUCGGCCAUAUGACUCUACCCUGGACCUGCCUGUACCUCACCGCCCCGCCAGGCUCGCUGACGUGAAGCUGGUUUCACCGAGUCUGAUGCCAAAGCUGGGGAAAGCUGGAAACUUGCAGAGCAGACAAGCCAUUGUACACAGUCUUGUUCACAUUGAAAGCUGGGCUAUUGACUUGUCUUGGGACAUAAUUGCUCGUUUUGGAAAGCAAGAGUCUAUGCCGAGGGAAUUUUUCACAGAUUUUGUUAAGGUGGCACAAGAUGAAGGAAGACAUUUUUCGAUGCUUGCUUCACGGCUAAAGGAGUUAGGCUCUUUUUACGGUGCGUUUCCUGCCCAUGAUGGCCUCUGGGAUUCAGCCAUGGCUACUUCCAAUGAUUUGCUGGCAAGAUUGGCAAUUGAGCAUUGUGUUCAUGAGGCUAGGGGACUGGAUGUGAUGCCAACAACAAUCUCACGUUUUCGCAAUGGAGGUGAUAAUGAGACAGCCGACUUGUUGGAGACCGUGGUCUACCCAGAAGAGAUAACCCACUGUGCUGCUGGGGUGAAAUGGUUCAAAUUCCUUUGCCUGAGGUCAAGAAAUCCGGAUUCGGGCAGCGCGACUGAGGUUGAUGGGGAAGUUGUCCAAAAAUUUCAUGCCACUGUGAAGGCACACUUCAGAGGGCCACUAAAGCCCCCUUUCAAUGCGGCUGCUAGACUGGCAGCUGGGUUUGGCCCCCAAUGGUAUGAACCUCUUGCACUGAAACAUGACUCGUCUGUAUAGUUCCGAUUCAAACUCCCAUUCUACUAGUUGUCUUCUUGUUCUUGUACGUUCGUAAGAACUUAAAAAACAAAUCCACAUGCCCACCAUGUGACUCCAUUUGUGGGAUUUUACUCUGGGUUCUUGUUGUUAAUGUAACACAUCAAUUUCGUUUUCUGGAAAACAAAUGUUGAAUUUGGUAUUUAUUCCAAAACAAUAGUGUGAGUAUUCAAGAUUGAAUGAAAAUCAAGUUGUCAU